AUGCCCUCGUCAGCGAGAAUGUUCUCGUUCGAUCAUGUAAAUGACUACUGCAUGCUAGACCAGGAAACCGAUUCAGAGCCGUCAUUGUGGAUGUGCUACGCCGGGGGUGGCGGCUUUGGCGGCUAUGGUGGAUACGGCGGCUACAUACGACGCGUCAGAUUCUUCGACAUCAAUAUGAACUCUGCCAGAAUAAUGACCUACAAGCGGCUUGAGUAUGGCGACACGGAAUCAAAAAUUGAUGAGAUGAUGAUUGUCGACGCUGGUAAAGUGGUCCAGCCCGAUUAUUAA